CAAACUGCAUGUCUUUGGACGGUGGGAGGAAGCCGGAGUACCCACGGAGGGAACCCACACAAACACGGGGAGAACAUGCAAACUCCACACAGAAAGACCCCGGCCUAAUGGUGGAAUUGAACUCAGGACGUUCUUGCUGUGCGGCAGCAGUGCUAACCACCGUGCCGCCUCCUGAUAUUAAUUUUAUGUACAAUUCCACAUCUUUAAAAUGACAGAAAUAUGGUGGUCUGCUGGAGUUACCGUUUGAAAACAGGACCCAUCGAUUGGAGGACCUCCUGCUGUAAAACCUUAAAUGACCAAUCAGAGCAGGAUGCCUGUGUUUAUGGUCAAAAUCAGCGUAAAUGUGAUCAAAACUAUUUGGAGUUGUGUUUCAGAUGUUGUUCUGGAUUUAUGAAAACUAAAAUAGCAUUUUUUGUUCGGCAGCAAAUGGCAUUAUUCUUACACUGUCAUUAUUUUAACACUAUGGGAGCGCCCUCCACUGUCCACCGGCUGGUCUGCAAUCUGUUUCUGUACAGUAGGUUUAACCGGAAGUCUAGUCCCUCCGCAGAUCAUCUCUGACGUUGGCGUUGAGCGACACGAAGAAGUAGAAAAACUUAUUCUGCGGGCAAAACUUCAGGCUUUGUGAACGAAAACCUUCAAAGAUGUCUUCAGGCGCUCUCUUCCCCAGCAUGGUCAGCGGCUCCAGAGCAAGCUCCAGCAAGUACCUGGUGGAGUUUCGAGCAGGUAAAAUGAACCUGAAGGGCAACACGGUGACCCCGGACAAACGGAAAGGGCUGGUCUACAUCCAGCAGUCCGAUGACUCUCUGAUCCACUUCUGCUGGAAGGACCGGACCACGGGGAACGUCGAUGAUGACCUGAUCAUCUUCCCUGACGACUGUGAGUUUAAAAGGGUGACGCAGUGCACCACCGGACGUGUCUACGUCCUGAAAUUCAAGGCCGGGUCCAAGCGGCUCUUCUUCUGGAUGCAGGAGCCAAAGACUGACAAAGAUGACGAGUACUGCCGGAAGGUCAACGAGUACCUGAACAACCCCCCCAUCCCCGGAGCAUCCGGCAGCGGUGGCGGUGGCCACGAGUUGUCAGCGCUGGGAGGAGAGGGCGGCCUGCAGAACCUGCUGGGAAACAUGAGCCACAACCAGCUGAUGCAGCUGAUGGGACCCACGGGGCUCGGAGGUCUCGGAGGCCUGGGAGCUCUAGCAGGACCGGGACUCGCCAACCUGCUGGGGGGCGGAGGACCUGCGACCAGCAGCUCCUCAUCCAGUUCUCGAAGCCAAUCAGCUGCAGUGACUCCUUCUCCAGGCGGAGCUCCCAGAAUGAGCUCCUCCCAGGCGCCCGCUGCCCCUGCCGCUGUUCCCGUCACCUCGGCUCCCUCCUCCACCGCUGCCACGCCCUCCACACCAGCCCCGGCUCAGACUCCCGUGGCCCCGGCCUCCACUGGAAGCCCCGCCCCUCACCAGCCCAUCCAGCUCAGCGAUCUUCAGAGCAUCCUGGCCACCAUGAAUGUGCCGGCAGCAGGGGCUCAGGGCUCAGCGGUGGACCUGGCGAGCGUGUGCACCCCAGAGAUGAUGGCUCCCAUUCUGAGCAACGCCGAGGUCCAGCAGAGGCUCCUCCCCUUUCUCCCCAGUGGGGAGAGUCUGCCGCAGAGCACCGAGGAGAUCCAGAACACCCUGAACUCUCCUCAGUUCCAGCAGUCCAUGGGCAUGUUCAGCAGCGCGUUGGCCUCCGGGCAGCUUGGCCCCCUCAUGAGUCAGUUUGGACUGCCACCCGAUGCCGUGGACGCAGCCAACCGUGGAGAUGUGGAGGCGUUCGCUCGAGCCAUGCAGGGCAGCAGAGAAGAGUCGAAGGAGAAGAAGGACGAGGAGGACAUGAGUCUGGAUUAGAGUCUCUGUGACAUCAUCUGUUUAAUUUUUUUUUUUCACUUUUUCUUCUGUCAAAGGUUUGACCCCUCCAUGACCUUUUAUUUUCCUCUGAAGAGGGCGGGGCUUCGGGUGUAUUCAGCUCUUUCUAAUAAAAACGUAAUG